GAUCUUGUUGAUCAUCUGAAACCCUAAUGGAAGGGUAAAAUUCGGGCUUCUCCUUCAUACUUCUUCAGAGUUUCCGCAAGAAAUCAUCUUCCUCCAUGCUUCCCCUUCAAAGUUUCUCCACGCUUCCUCUUCAAAAAAGUCUACAACAGCUAUCAUGUUCAUUUCUCCUCCUCCUUUCAUUUUCACGCCAAAUUCCCAUCUUUAUUCUGCUUCUCAACUCUCCAUGCUCCAAUUCUCUCCAUCUCUCUUCUGGGCUUCUUGUCCUCAGCAAUUUUGAUGGCGCCCACCUUCUCUUUUCCCAUCAUCAUCUUCCUCCUCCCCCUCUUAUCCGUCGUUCUGCAUUCUACAACCCAUGCUCAAUCAACCCCUGUCGACGACGCAAGCUUUAUUUCCGUCGAUUUGUUCAAAAAGGGGAUCGAUUUCGGUAAAGAUUUGGCCAUUAAGAAGGGGGUUUCCGCAUUGAUUCCCUUUGAACUUCCCCAGAUCGAGACUGCCGUCAAAAUACCUCUUAUUGGUACUGUUUAUUUCACUCUUUCCAACAUCAGUCUCUAUGAGGUUAAUGUCUCUUCUUCAAGUGUUCAACCUGGGGAUACUGGUCUUGUUUUGAUUGUUUCUGGGGCUAGGGCAUCUCUUACCAUGGAUUGGGGAUACAGAUAUGUUUCUGUCAUAGUUAUCACUGAUAAUGGAACUGCCUCCGUCCAGGUUGAGAAUAUGGAAGUAGGCCUGGCAUUAGGUCUGAAGAACGAACAAGGCAAUCUUAAGCUGUCUCUCCUUGACUGUGGCUGUGUUGUUAAGGAUAUCUUUAUACAGAUGGAUGGUGGAGCAUCUUGGCUAUACCAAAGUAUAGUGUCGGCUCUCGAAAGUAAAAUCCGAUCAGCCAUAGAAGUUGCAGUGGUUGAGCAAAUAGGAGGUGUAAUUAUAGAACUCGAUUCCUUGCUUCAAACAAUUCCAAGAGCAAUUGACUUAGACAAUAUUGCAAGUUGGAACAUUACCUCUGUCAAUGAUCCGGUUCUAGAUGGUUAUUCAGUUGGGGUAGAGAUUAACGGGUUGGUGAUGCCAAUUGAUGGAAUUUCAUCUUUUGGAAAUAACAGUAGAAACAUUCAAUCAAUAGUUUCUUGUGGGGGUCCGGCUAAGAUGGCUGGAAUAUCUAUACACGAAAGAGUUCUUAAUUCAGCAUCGUUGGUUUAUUUCAACGCAGGUGUUAUGAAUAUGAUUGUGCAAAACCAAAGCUUCUUAAAUACGGCUCAUUGGAAAUUUCUCGUUCCUCAGCUGUAUAGAAAGUACCCGAAUGCUGACAUGAUUCUGAACAUUUCUGUAUCUUCACCACCCGUCUUAACCAUUUCAGAGCAAAGCGUUGAUGCUAUGAUCAAUGUAGAGAUUGCGGUUAAUGUAUUGGAUGGCCAUGGGGAAGCAGUACCAGUGGCCUGUAUUAUCUCACUAUUUACAGUUUCGGGUUACCCAUCAAUCUCAAGGGACACCUUAACUGGAAGUAUAAAUAUGAACGAUUUCACCAUGUCUUUGAAAUCGAGCAGUAUUGGCUCCUUGCACAUUCCAAUGCUUAAGCCAUUUGUAGAAAUUAUUCUAAGAACCGUGGGCGUACCCUAUGUGAACUUAAUGAUGUAUUGGGGAACGCCACUGCCGACUUUCAUGGGAUACACAAUUCAUAAAGCUCGUUUUCACUACGCCGAUUCACGUAUAGUUGUUUGCACGGAUAUUCAUCAUAUGAAGAAGCAUGAUUCACAAAAAGUAGCACAAAAGAUAGAUUAUAAAGAGGAAGAAGAAGAAUCAUAUUGAUACAUAAUUCAUUGUUCAUCAAAGAACAAUAAGUGAAUAAUUCAUAGCUGAAUUAUUGUUCAAAUGUUCAUUAUUUUUUAUUGGGUUAAAUAAAAGUUAAAGAGGUUCAAUUUUU